AUGGAAAUGGAGGUUGACCAGGUAAGUCACGACCUGCUCGAAGGAAGACAGGGUACCGACUUUGAAGACCGUAACGGUCCGAACAAGACCUCCGACAAAGACCUUCAAUCAGUACAAGCUCUUCUCGGCAUGAUGAGAAGCGGCCGAAUUUCCUUCCCCGUAGAUUCGAACGAAGCUUUCAUGCAUCAGCUCCGCUCUGCGCUCUCUUCAACAACCGAAAUCAGUAAUCACGAGGUAAGUCCGCCGAGUCAGGACCUCGAGAGCGUUGGCGAUACUCAGAUACCGAUCGGCACCAAACGAAAGUGUGCCACGGACGCCUCAAACGGCAGCGUGUUGAGCCCGAAAAAGCAAAAGCUGGAUUCAAGCACUCAGUUACCAUCAGAGAUCAUCUCCAUGAUACUGUCUCAGGCUAUGGACGAAAACCCCACAUGUGCGCUGGAUCUCCUGGUGCCGGACUGGAACAUCUGCAAGAGAGAGACCCCGGAGCUCGAGAAGUUUCUCGAGGUUACGAGGAUAGUCACGCUCAACGCGGCAUACUAUGGCGAAUGUAUCAGGCACUUCCAUCGGAAUAGCACACACGUGUUCCUACUCGACGUAGCCGAAACGCCCAUCAGCGUCACCGAUGAGAAUUUCUUGACAAACUGGGAACAGCUUUUCCCACUUCGAGGUCAGCGAGCCCAAAGCGUCUUGCCAUAUGACGACGAGCCGCGCGAUGUCCCCAAACAUCAGGCCCCGUUCAUGCACAAGCCCAUGUACGAAGAUCUACGCCAUAUUGUAAUACACUCACCUUUGAAGUUGGUGGAUGUCACCGCCAGGAGCAUGUUCAAGGUAGGUGAUGGCCUCAGCGAAGCCGAUCUCGACUCCCUGGACAACGCACUCGACCUCGACCGCGCAGCCCACCUCUGGCUCUCCUGGUCGCGGAUGCCACGACUCGAAAGCGUCCUUCUCGACCUCCGCAUCUACAGCCAAGAUCUGAAUACCGAACGUGGAUGUCUCAGUAAGUCCAUGGUAAUCGAGCAGGUGCAAGAGAUGGGGCGGUGUCUCCGAUUGAAGCUGCUUGUCAUUGCCGGUCUGCAGAGCUAUAGUCUCGAGACGGGGUGCAAAUCACUGAUUGCUGAAGAGAUAGAGGAAGAAGACGAGCUAGACGGUCAGACGAAUUGGAUCAAGGUCUUUCGGCCUGCUCUGUGGCCUGGUGGUAAGCUCGUUCUUGUGGAUCGUCUUGUAGACGAGAUACCUAGCUUGGCUCUCGGGGCAGAAGAAGGCCAGGUAGGUGAUGUAGUCUGA